AUAUGCUGACUCAUUUUUUUUAAAAGAAAAUUUAAAAAAUUAUAUAGUGAGCAAAAAUCAGCCUUUAUGGUGGUUGGAGAGUAUUUUAGUAAAAAAUCAAAAAAUCAAAAAAUAGAGUUUUCUAUGUUAUAAUUCUUAAAAAUGUAAAGUUUGGUGAUUUUUAGGUAAUUGGGCUAAGAAAAUUUGGUGGGAAAGAACCCCUUUCAAAAAUCACAAAUUCACCCGUAGAUUUCCCCAUUUGGAAACAGCCGGGAAUAGAAAAAGAAAAUAGAAAAAGGAAAAAUAAAAAGGAAAACGCAAAAGAGAAAGCCUCCAAACUCCCAAUACCAUCGCCGGCUAUGAUAAACGUGUUGAAUGUAGCAGAGAAACCGUCGGUGGCGAAAUCGGUGGCGACCAUACUCUCAAGGAACCAGCAGCAUGGGCUGAGAGUUAGAGAGGGGCAGUCCCGGUACAACAAGAUUUUUGAGUUCAAUUAUGUAAUUAACGGUCAGAAUUGCCACAUGCUUGUCACUUCCGUCACCGGUCACCUCAUGGAGCUUGAGUUCGAUGAUCGAUUCCGCAAGUGGCAUUCUUGUGACCCUGCGGAUCUCUACCAUGCUCCUGUCCGCAAAUUCGUCCCUGAGGACAAAACAAAUAUUAAAAGGACAUUAGAGGAGGAAGCAAGAAGGUGCCAAUGGCUUAUUUUGUGGCUGGAUUGUGAUAGAGAGGGAGAAAACAUUGCAUUUGAAGUGGUGGAUGUAUGCAGAUCAGCAAAUCGCUACCUUACAGUGCGGAGGGCUCGAUUCUCUGCAUUAAUUGACAGGGAAAUCCAUGAGGCUGCCCAGAAUCUUGUUUCUCCUAAUCAAUGGUUUUCUGAUGCAGUGGAUGCUAGGCAAGAAAUUGAUCUCCGGAUUGGUGCUUCUUUUACUAGGUUUCAGACCUUGUUGUUGAGAGAUAAGUUUGUUAUUGAUUCUGCUCAAGAUGACAGAAACCUUGUUCUAAGUUAUGGGCCCUGUCAGUUCCCUACACUCGGAUUUAUUGUGGAGCGUUAUUGGGAGAUUCAAUCACAUGAGUCAGAAGAAUUUUGGACUAUUAAUUGUUCUCAUACAUCAGUUGAAGGCAUUGCUAACUUCAGUUGGAUGCGUGGACAUCUUUUUGAUUACACUUCUGCUGUUAUACUUUACGAACUGUGUGUUUUGGAACCAACUGCGACUGUGACCAAGGUUCAGCAAAAGGAGAAGCAGAAAUACCCUCCAUAUCCUUUGAGUACAAUUGAACUUGAAAAACGAGCUUCGAGAUAUUUCCAUAUGAGCUCUGAACAGACGAUGAAGGUGGCUGAAGAUCUUUAUCAAUCUGGUUUCAUUAGUUAUCCUCGUACAGAGACGGAUGGCUUCUCUAGCAGAACAGAUUUGCAUACAAUUGUGCGAGACCAACAGGCACACCCUAUAUGGGGUUCAUAUGCUCAAAGACUGUUAGAUCCUGGAACAGGAUUAUGGAGAAACCCAAGCACUGGUGGACACGAUGACAAAGCCCAUCCACCCAUUCACCCUACAAAGUUCUCUCCUGGUGAAACUGGAUGGAGUCAAGAUCAUCAUAGAGUGUAUGAGUUAGUAGUUCGCCAUUUUCUGGCAUGCGUUUCACAACCAGCUGUAGGGGCUGAAACUACUGUUGAAAUUGAUAUUGCCGGUGAACAAUUUUCCGCAUCAGGGAGAGUGAUAUUAGCUAAAAAUUACUUAGAUGUUUACCGCUUUGAAUCAUGGGGUGGUUCAAUGAUUCCGACCUAUGUCCAUGGGCAACAGUUUAUGCCAACAACAUUGACUCUGGAUUCAGGAGUUACCAGACCACCACCUCUUUUAAGUGAAUCUGAUCUUCUUAGCUGUAUGGACAAGGCGGGCAUUGGUACAGAUGCGACGAUGCAUGAUCACAUAAAGAAGCUGCUUGAUAGAUUCUAUGCAACAAAGGAUGCAAACACACGUUUCUCACCGACUAAUCUUGGUGAGGCUCUAGUUAUGGGAUAUGAUGAUAUGGGGUAUGAACUCUGGAAACCAAAUCUUAGAUCAAUGAUGGAGUAUGACAUGAAAGAAGUUAGCAUGGGCCAUAAAAGUAAAGCUGAAGUUUUGGAAACUUGCUUGCAGCAGAUGAAAACUUGCUUCUUAGAUGCAAGGAUAAAUAAAGUAAAACUUUUAGAAGCCAUGGCUGUUUUCUUUGAGAGAUCUGAUAGAUCUAGUGGAAAUGACAAUCAUGCAACUGUGGACAUUGUUCGGCAAUGUGGACUUUGCCGAGAAACAAACAUGGUGCUAAGACGAAACCGGGACGGCAAUUUCAUGGUUGGAUGCAUGGGAUAUCCACAGUGUAGGAAUGCUAUAUGGCUUCCUGGACCUAUAAUAGAAGCUACUGUAACCACCAGUGUUUGCAACUACUGCACUCCAGGUCCUGUUUACUUGAUUCAAUUUAAGUUUCGGCAGCUUGAAAUACCACCAGGCUUCAGUGUCAACCAUUUAGGUUGCAUUGGUGGCUGUGAUGAUACUCUAAGACAGUUAACAGAUAUAUGUGGAACUGGUUCCCGUGUACAAGCAAGGGCUCGAGCACCCAAUACAACACCUAGCAACUCUCAACAAAGUAACACUAGGUUUGCUACUUGCGUUCACUGUCAUCAAACAGGACAUGCUUCAAUUGAUUGCCCUUUGCAACUUUCAGGUUCUAGGCGUGUUCAGUCCCGCGGAACAAAUGAACAGAUGGGGGAAUCUUCAGUUACAUGUGGGACGUGUGGAACGCCAUGUGCUCUGCGUACAGCUAAUACUGCAAAUAACAGGGGCAGAAAGUUCUAUUCAUGUCCAUCACAAUCAUGCAACUUCUUUAUAUGGGAGGAUAACUUGGACAAUAGCGCUGACGGAAGAAAUGCUCCUCGUUCAAAUAUUAGUAAUUCAGCAUCUAAUCCUAGCAGGAGGGGUGGCCGCGGCAGAGGCGCACGGAGUGGAGGGCGCGGUGCUGACGUGACUUUUGUAUCAGCCACUGGUGAUCCCAUAUCUGGGAGAAGAUGUUUUGUGUGUGGUGAUCCAUUGCACUUUGCAAAUGCCUGCCCGAGUCGUGGCUCUUGAUGCUGUCUCAGAUGUUGAACACUUGAAAGAUGCAUAUGAAGAACAGCUGCUAUGCCCUUUUCAGCCGCUUCUUGAUGUUAUUAUUCUUGAAAUUAAUGUAUGUAAAAGGGAAAGUUCUGUUCUGCAUGUAAGUUUUGAUUCACAUCAGCCACAAAAACAUAACAGGUCUUCCAUUGGUUUUGUCUUGCAAGCCAGUGAUUGUAUCGCCCCAGGCUGGUGAAGGCAUGGAAGAUCAUCAGCUAUUCUGUCACUAUCUCCUAGAGUUUCAAUGCAUAGAAUCCAUUUUGUAACUUAUUUGAAAAUGAUUGUAUUACUGUUCUUUUCUGGAUCAAUUGUUAUAACAGUUUCUGAUGCCAGUGCCA